AUUCACACGUACCCACACCCAACUCUCUCUCUCUCUAUCUAUCUCCCUCCCUCCCACCAUUACCAUAUCUAUCCGUCUCUACAGUUCUCUCCUUUCUUCUUCGCCCCUUCCACCCCUUUGCUUCCAGCAAUCGCCGUGAGAUUUGAUUUGGGAGCUUCUCGAAGCCGCCUCUAGGGUUUCAAGACAGGGUCUUCUCGCCUAGCUCAGCAUCGGACUCGAGAUAUUUUCUGCAGAUCUUUUGGGAGAGAAGCAGGGCUCUGAAGAGGCUUGAAGAGCUCAUUUCUCCAAAGCAGAAGCAACGCAUAUCAGUUUAUUAUUUUGGGUUAGUGCAUCGAAGAAGUAAAAUCAGGUUUAGGUUCAAAAGAGCAACUCCAAAAUGGGUUAUAUGUGCGAUUUCUGCGGAGAGCAAAGGUCUAUGGUCUAUUGUCGAUCCGACGUAGCAUGCCUGUGCUUAUCGUGCGACCGGAAUGUCCACUCUGCCAAUGCCCUGUCGAAGCGCCACUUUAGAACACUUCUAUGUGAAAGAUGCAACUCACAGCCGGCAAUAGUUCGAUGCGCAGAAGAGAAAGUAUCUCUUUGUCAUAAUUGUGAUUGGAUUGGCCACGGAGCCUCGACAUCAGGCUCGGCCCAUAAGAGGCAGUCUAUUGACUCUUACUCAGGUUGCCCAUCAGCUGCAGAGCUUUCUUCAAUCUGGUCAUCUGUGUUGGAGGUCCCUUCCGUUGUUGAUACCACCUGUGAGGAGGAACUUGGCUUGAUGAGCAUAUCUGAGAACAACUUAAAGGCCAGUAGUUGGGUUGGUUCGGAGAGGAACAUGAGUCUUGGCGGCGGGGUGGUUGAGGCUGAGAAGACAAAUGUUCUCACUGGGUCAUCCUCUUCUUUACCCGAGCUCAAGUCCACGUCCCAAAGCUUGAGCCAACAAACUACUACUCCCAUGAAUGCUCCUUCCUCUAAGGUUUGUUAUCCCACCGCAAAAGGACCUCCACUGUUCGAAGAUGAUAGUCUAUAUGAAGACUUCAACAUGGAUGAAGUCGAUUUGAACCUUGAAAAUUAUGAAGAACUUUUUGGUGUAACCCUAAAUAGUUCAGAAGACCUGCUUGAGAAUGGUGGAAUCGACAGCCUAUUUUCAGCAAAAGAAUUAUCAGCGGCAGAUUCCAACGGUCAGGGUGCAGUCCUUGCUGAGGGAUCAUCUGCUCAACUAGUGAAUCCGCAGCCCGCUUGUAGUGCAGCUUCAGCAGACUCAAUGAUGAGUUCUAAAACUGAUUCAAUCCUCUGUUUCACGUCGAGGCAACAAGCACACGCCAAUCUCUCCUUCUCGGGCCUUAAUGGGGAGAGCACUGGUGGUGAUUAUCAAGAUUGUGGAGCCUCCUCCAUGCUUCUCAUGGGAGAGCCUUCAUGGUGCCCACCGGGCUCUGCUGAGAGCUCACUGCCAUCAGCAGCAGGCAGGAGUGAUGCUGUUAUGCGUUAUAAGGAGAAGAAGAAGACUCGCAAGUUUGAGAAGAGAGUAAGAUAUGCCUCCCGCAAAGCGAGAGCCGACGUGAGGAAGCGAGUGAAGGGGCGGUUCGUGAAGGCUGGUGAUGCUUACGAUUAUGAUCCCUUGAGCCCAACUCGGAGCUUCUGAGAGUACAAAUCUUUUAAACUGUAUCUAAUAGAAAGGAAAGAAAACCGCUCAGAUUUACUAGAAAAUUACCGGUUGAAUUUUCCUGGGCAGUGGAUCGGUUUGACCCCGAUUUUUUCUCAUGCAAUGACAAAGCUGCAUGGUUCGAUUACAGGAAGGCUCACUCUGUCAUCUUCUGAUCAGGAGAGGUGACUAAGAGAAGCUAAGGGUUUCUGAUGGUGCCACGCCCAUCAAAAAGUGGAAGGAGCCGAGAUACGCUUCUUCUUUCUUCACCAUGUGAAGAAUCCAACAGAUCAUUUACGAGUGUGAGCCCUUUUGCCCCAUUUUUGGCGGGUGUUCAGACUUUGCCCCAUUUCUUGCUGGUAAAACGGUUUACCGCUCGUCAUGAUCGUACGAUAAUUUUGGCCGCCUGCCUACGAGUCAUUGCCCUCAUAUGGGAACCUACCCAUCUCAUCCCGUGUUUGUAUAGCAGAAGAUUUGUAUAUUUGUGUAUUCAAAGCACCGUGAAGUGACCCCCUAGAAAGACCUGAUAAAAGUUCCACGUGAGUAAAACUUCUUGAUGUAGUAGUACUCGUAGUCAUAGUCAUCUUCAUUCUAUACAUUGGUAGAUGUACAGGAAGACCGAAUGAUGUUCGGAGAUUGUGGUUUGUAGUUAUACAGCAUAAGAGUUUCUCUAAUUGCUGCAAAUAAUAUGUACAGCUUUUUGUACCCCUGCUUCCAUUGGCUCUGUGGAGAUCCAGAGACUGCUGUGGAGUCCGUGAUAAUCUAAUUCCGUAGCCUAAGCUCAGUGAAGCUCGGUGAUCUUUGGGGU